GGCUAUGGGCCCUCCAGGGGCCCGGCUGGCAAACCCUCCCAUCUAUCCCAGACGCGCACCCCCUGCAGCGGGCAUAGACCCCCUUGCUUCCCCGCUCACCCCAGGAAGGCUGAGGCUGUGGUUUGCAUCAUCCUUGGGCGUGGGGGGCUGACCUCGAAGAAUGAAUUCGAAGAAAACAGGAGGAGGCGCGGGCAUGCCACCGCACUGGGCGCCCAUUGGCCGCCUGCAGAAACUUUGGUUUUUUUUAGGGUCAUGUUCCCAGAAGGCCUCCCCUCCCCCACCCCCUCCCCACCCACCUCACGAGGUGUUGGCCAAUCACCCCGACGGGCAUAAAGUGGCUGCCAGCCCUCAGGGCUCCAGGCAGGGAGGUGUCACCCCCAGCGGGCGCAGGCCGGAGCUUGGUCACCCAGCAUGCGGGCACAGCGUAUGCAGAGAACACUGCUCAAUCCGCCUCCAAGGCCUGCACAGUCCCGUACUGCAGGAACACUGCAGGGAGCGCCCGGGGGAUUUUCCCAGCGAGGAUGCCCUGUGGAGGCUCAGCAGGCAGGACUUCCUGCGGACCCUCAACACCACACUGGGCCUCGUCCUUCGCAUGCUGAGCGCCCUGCAGCAGGACCUCCCGGAAGCAGCCCACCAACAGGCGGAGAUGAAUGUCCGCGGGUUCGGGAACAACAUCCACUGCAUGGCCCAGCUGCUGCGCGGCUCCUCGGACCCAGAGGCCGCUGAGCCCACCCAGCCGGGCCCAGGGCCCGCGCCGCUGCCGCCCACGCCGCCUUCCAGCACCUUCCAGCGCAAGCUCAGGAACUGUGGGUUCCUGCGAGGCUACCACCGCUUCAUGCGCACAGCUGGGCAGGUCCUCCGGGGCUGGGGGGAGAGACAGGGCCGCAGCCGCAGACACAGCCCCCGCUGGGCCCUGCAGAGGGGGGCCCGCAGGACACGGCCCUUCCCGGAGGUCAGGAGACUCGCGCCCAGGGGCCAGCUGCCCCGGUAGCCUUUGGGGCACCCCUGCCAGGUGAAAGGUCAGCAGGUGGCGUGCAGGACGGCAGGCCGCCGCCACCCAUCUCCUCUCCGCUCCCCACAUCUCUGAAGCGCACUUUAAGGGGUGUGAGCCAGGCAGCCCCCUCUAGCUCCCCCAAGGCUGGGCUGCAGGGGUACGGUCAGGCUGUGGAGUGCCCCCAGCCCUGGGUUCCUCGGCCCUCGGGGGGUGGCCGGGCCAGGUCCAUACAGGGCCAACUUUCCAUUGAUUCAGGGGUCGGAUGACACAGGCUGACUCACGGCCAGACUGGGCCCCCCCACCCCCGCUCUGCUCCCCGGAGACCGGCCGGACUGUCCUUCUCAUGACUUGCAUGGCUCUUGCCCCCAUACUUCCUCCUUACCCUAGUGGCCCAGCUCCAAGGCGGUGGGGGUCAGGGCCUGAGUUGGCCGACUAUGCCUCAUCGCGUCUGGGGCCAGAUCCCUGGAUGCCUGGGAGGCCUCACUUUAGGCAGCUGUGAUGGAGCCGAGGGCACUGGAAGGAGCACUGAUGGGGGUGGGGGGUCGGUCCGAGGUUGGCCUCUAACUCGCCGUGUGACCUCAUCAAGGCCACCUUGCUUCUUAGGACCUCAGUUUUCUCUUUGUGAUUCGAAGGGCUUGGGGACCGCGUGCAGCCCUCUCUGCUUGUCAGUUGCUGGGACUCUGUGACACAGGGUGGAUAUCAGAUUCUCUCCAUACAUAGGGACACACGGUGCAGACGGCGCCUGGGCACAGGCUCCGCUCUCUGGAGGAGACCUACCUAGUGCUUGGAAGCGCCUGGUCUUGGGUCUCGGCUGCCACCUGCGCCCCCUGGUGGUGCAUCAUGGUAUUUUUUUCGUGCUGAAAUCAUCGCCCUCCUGGAGGGGGGGUCCCAGAAGCUUCUGGGCCAAUUCCUUGGAGGGACAGGACUAAUUUAUAGAUUUUUUUUUAAAUCAGUUUUUUAAAAAUCUGUUUUCUAUUUAUAAGGCUUAUUUAUGAUGUGUAUUUAAUGUUAAUAUUGUGCAAACAUAUAUUUAAAAUUUGCAUGGUUUCUAAAG